AUGGCUGCCUCCGUUUGCCUAAUUGAUUCGCAGUAUUCCGACCAAAUCUCUACCCUUCUCAAGUCUCCAUCUCCUAAUCAAGUCAAGGAGUACUUCCAAGAGCUUAUAGCUGAAAGGCAAUGCAAUGGGCUUAGAGUAAACCCAGAAGGCGAACAUGGAAAGGGAGUUUAUGCUGAUUUUGAUUUUAAAGAAGGGGACCUAAUUUUGAAGGAUCAAAUGCUUGUUGGUGCCCAACAUUCUUCCAAUAAGAUUGAUUGUUUGGUCUGUAGCUUUUGCUUCCAAUUUAUUGGCUCGAUAGAGCUUCAAAUCGGGAAGAAGCUUUAUUUGCAUGAGCUAGGCAUCUCUGCAGAUGAAUGUGGUCCUUCUGAUAGAACAGAAUGUUCUUCUGGUAGUUUUAGUGACAGGAGUCCUCUCCUUCGAGAUACUAUCGAAUCAUUGAUGAAUGAUUCUAUGCAAUUACCUUUCUCUGAGAAGUUCCCUCUGCCUUCAGUUGUUUCAUGUCCGGGUGGAUGCAGAGAAGCAUACUACUGCAGCGAAUCAUGUGCCAAGGCUGAUUGGGAUUCAUUCCAUUCUUUGCUUUGUACUGGGAAGGGAUCAAAAUCAUCAAAUAUAGAGGCACUUCUGAAAUUCAUUCAACAUGCUAAUGAAACUAAUGACAUUUUCAUCCUUGCUGCUAAGGUUAUUUCAUUUACCAUUCUGAGAUACAGGAAACUGAAAGUGGCUCAGUUUGAAAAUCCCGAGAAACAAGAUGCCAUAAAUCUAUAUACCAAUUAUGGUUUUCCAAUGCUGUUAGAAGCAUGGAAGCCUGUAUCUAUGGGAUACAAGAGAAGGUGGUGGGACUGCAUUGCUCUGCCAGAAGAUGUUGAUUCUUGUGAUGAAGCUAUGUUCAGAAUGCAAAUAAGGGACUUGGCAUUCACGUCACUGGAGAUCCUGAAAGAAGCCAUGUAUGACAAGGAAUAUGAGCCAUUAUUUUCACUUGAAAUCUAUGGUCAUAUCAUUGGCAUGUUUGAGCUUAAUAACCUUGAUUUGGUUGUAGCAUCUCCGGUGGAGGAUUACUUCUUGUAUAUUGAUGAUCUUCCACUCUCAGAAAAGAAAGAGGCUGAGAAAAUUACAAAACCUGUCCUUGAUGCUCUUGGCGAUGACUAUUCAAUUUGUUGUCAAGGUACUGCCUUUUUCCCUCUGCAGAGUUGUAUGAAUCAUUCUUGUAUUCCUAAUGCUAAAGCAUUUAAACGAGAAGAGGACCGGGAUGGCCAAGCAACUAUAAUUGCUCUUAAACCAAUUUCCAAAGGAGAAGAGAUAACAAUAUCGUACAUAGACGAGGACCUUCCCUAUGAAGAGAGACAGGCUUCACUUGAAGAUUAUGGUUUCAGAUGUAAAUGCCCCCGAUGUUCUGAAGAGGGAUCAUAG